CUGGCUGCGCCGCGGGGCGGCCGUGCGGCGGGCGGAGCCCUCCGGCUCCUCUUGUGGCGCCGGUCCCGCCUCGUCUCCUCGGCCAUGUCGCUGUUGCGGGGACCGCGGGCUCGCGGUGCUAGCAGGAAGGGCCCCAGGAAGCCGCCGGCUGCGAGACGGGACUGGGAUAGUACGGUCCAAGAUUUGACAGUCCACCGUGCAACUCCCGAUGAUAUUCUGCGUCGCCAUGAGAUACACAAAUCAAAACACAAAGCACUGGCUCAUCUGGAGCUGCAAGAGAGAGCGCUGAAAAGAAAAUGGAAGAAGCAAGAACAAAUGGCUGCUGACUCCUUGGAGAAAAGGAAACUGUCUGUGAUACGUGAGGUUCUGACUGAGCAAUACCAUUUGCAAGACGCUGUGGAGCGGUCUGAUCAGAUUAUGGCUGUGGCAGAAGGCCUGCUUGCAGGUGCUCCUCGCACGAGAACAGGUUUCCCUAACGUAACAAUGGCACCAAACUGUGACCUAGAAUCAUCUCCAAGACCCACUGUACAAAAAGAUGAUCCUCCCAAUCAGCAUUCCUUCCUUAGUGAAUCUGUCCUAGAUUCCCAGGUUCCUAAUGAAGUAGAAGAGGGAGCAUUAUCAGUCUGUCAGUCAGAAGAUGAACACCAUGACUCUCUGAAUUUCAGAUCCAGCAUCAGUACUGACAGGCUGCUUCGGUUGUUGAGAGAAGAUUCCUUGGUGAAUUCUCAGUUUCGGGCUGAAAAGGAAAUGAGAAAACCUACCUUAUCUCAAGACUCAAACGUGCCUUUGACUCCAGCAGCUGUUUCUCCAACUCUGGAUCAGUCAGCCCUCAAUGCUACUGAUGUAGUCAAGAGAAUCCGUUCAGGACUUCAGAAUGAAGAUGAAGAAGACACUGGAGACUCCACUCACAGUGUGAGACAGGUGCUGAACCCAAACUCAAGGAAACAAAAGCAAAUGGCAGCAAAAAUGAAAAGAAAACAAACGGCACAGAACUCUGCAAGACGGAGGAGAGAUGAUUCCUCAGUUAAUUCAGUCCCCAUUGACCUUCAGAGGUCCAACAAAUCCAGUCUAGAUGUUCUCAUCUGCAUGAUACGUGAAGUGGAACAUGAAUUGGAGGAAUAUGAACGAUGUACAGGUCGUGAGGUUCAAAAAGCCGAGCGAAGUGAAGGCCUCACUGGUUUUACCCUGUCGCUGGUGAACACUCUCUGUCGCCUGAUGCGCUACCUCAAAGAGAGUGAAAUGCAGCUGCGUGAGAGAGAGGUGAUGAGGCAGCAGCAUGAGGAAAUGUUGAAUGAACACAGAGAACUGAUUGAUGCUCUGACUGCAGAAAUACUUCUAGUGCGGGAAGAAAACCUUACUAUGCAGGAGAAGCUUCAGCAAUACAUGAUGGUUACAGAUGAACAGCUGACCUCCCUCACACAAGCAUUCAAAGGCCUUCCUUUCAUAGAACCUGGGAGAGAACAGCGUCCAAGUAAUUCUGGAAUUGAGAGCAAAGGUCCAGCAAAUGGCCAUGAAGAACGUGAUUUGAGCUAUUUCGAGCCUAGGGCUGGUGCAGGCAACAAGGAAGGCAUGCUGAAAUUCCCACAGGAAGAACUUCCUUUCCAGUUUCUCCAGAAGUCAAGUGCUUCCAUUUGUGUGGGACUCAACAGAAGCGUGCCAUCUCAUGUCUUCCAGCCAGCUGUGCUGUUGUCACCCCCCCGGCAGAAGAGCAGUCAGGAGUUGCCUCCCCUCUGGAAUGCCAUUUCUCAGGCUCCUGAAAAUGCUGAAAGAGAGCCAUGCAAGGAAAGGAGCUCAUCUUCCUCCCUGGGAACACAGAGCACAACUGAGGAAAAGACGCUCAUAUCUCAAAGGCAAACAAUUCCUCCUGCCAAUAAAGACUUGGAGAGUUCACACGAGAAAAUCAGUCUGUCCUGCGCAGGUGACACUAGGAAAAACAGCAGAGCUGAAGAGCUAUUUCAUACCAGUGAUCUGCUGAGACAGAUAGAUGACCUUACACAGCAGAACUCUGCAAUUAAAGCUCAGCUGAGCAAAUUCAAAAGCUUCUCUGAGGACACAAGUGACUGCCUGCAUCAGCCAGACCCAAUACACAAUGCAGAUCCUAGUCCAGACUCUUCACAAGGGCAGACUCAUCUCAUGGUGUCGAGGAGCUUGGAAGAGAGAAUAGCAGAGCUGAGCCGUCAGAGUGUGGAAGCACGUGAGAAACUGCUGCACCUUAUAGACCAGCAGAAGCUAGCUGCUGUUGAUACAGUCCCUCCACUGGUGUCUCCUCUUCUGUCUCCAUCCCUAAAUUACACUGAACAUGCAAGGAGAGCAGUUGAAGUGUCUGUUCCUGUGGCAGUUGCUAUGGGCAGCUCCAAAGAAGACAGUGUUUUCCCUGCCAGUAUGACCAGUGUAAGAAGGUCUGUAGGAGACUCUAGCAAACCUUGUUCACCUCAAAGUGCCACAACAGAAAGUAGGCAGUGAACUUCUGUCAGCCAAAGACUAAAGGUGGAAGAACAAAAAGAAGAAGGCUGGUUUGCAUUGUCAGUGCACGUUAUGUAACGACAGCUACGCUCAGGUCUCAUUUCUUAACACCAAGGCUUUUAUGCAGCGCAGUCAGACCAGAGUAGUCCCCCUCUGCAGUUGUACAGUGCAGCCUGUGCACUGCAUCUGCAGCACUGGUGUCAAAAGCCCCAUAGGCCUGUCGUACCUGUGCCAUGCAGGGCACUGUAAAAAGUCCGGGAAAGGAGUUUCUGAAUUGGCUGUGCUGCUGUUCACAUUCCACCUUUUUACCAGAUCAGUCUUUCACAAGAUUAUAAGGGUCAGGCUGCUGUGGCAAGACAAACAAGCACCUGAUAGCUGUGUUAGGUACACUGAAGCCCGGAGGGUCUGGAUGCUGCAGUCCGAGGCGAGCCUUUGACGCUGACAGCGGAGUCUCCACGGGCAUGUGCUCUCCGAUACAGUGGAGAACUGGCAUGAGUGCACCUGGUGGCCUCAUAGCUACAUCUUUAUCUUGUCUCUCUCUUGACUUUUGAAAGUAACCUUUGUUUUAUUAUGAACUGUGAGCAAUAAAAUCCAGAACUGAGACAAGGCCGAUGGAGCCAGGCCUUCGUUGCAGUAAACCCAGGCAGAAACCUUU